UUCCUCCUGUGUGGUUACGUGGCGAAAUAACCACAAAGUUUUAUUUUGAUUUAUCAACGUGUGCUUAUGCUAGGAGUAAUAACUGGUACAUUUUUAAUCAUUUUAUAUUUUUUUAAAUUACUAAAAAACUGAAACUGAGUCCAUGGCAAGGCAGAGGUGGGGAAGGCGAAUAGAAUUCUUUUUGACAACGAUUGGAUUUUCUGUCGGCGUCGGGGAUUUAUGGCGUUUUCCGUUUUUGGUGAUGAAAAAUGGUGGAGGUGCGUUCCUCAUCCCGAUUGUUAUAUUCAAUGUACUGGGUGCAAUGCCUAUCGUAUAUCUAGAGAUGAUAAUGGGACAGUACUCGCAGAGUGGAGCCGUGUCCGUGUGGAGAGUCUGUCCUAUCUUUAAAGGUGUCGGGUACGGUACCGUGAUAGCCACGUUCCUUUUCUCCAUUUACUACGCCGUCAUCAUUUGCUGGAUGCUGUUGUACUUCGUCUAUUCCCUCUUCCCGAAGCUCCCCUGGGCGUCGUGCGACAACGAGUGGAAUAUCCGGGAGACGUGCAUCGUUGAUCGCGUGGCGGAUGCGACGAGUAACGUCACCGCCACGACGUCGCCCGCGAACGUUACGUCAGUGCUUACGACGUUAGUGCCGACAUUUUCCACCAUGUUAAAUAAUGCGACGUUCAGUUAUGAUGUGGAAUUGGAGAAGAGCGAAACAGCGGCUGAACAGUUCUUUAAGUACAAGGCUCUGAUGUUGUCUGAGGGUCUCGAAGAGUUGGGUGGGGUCAACUGGCCUGUGUUUGGUUGUCUCGUCGCCAUAGAAGCACUGUGCUUUUUCUGUAUUUUCAAGGGCGUCAAAUUGUCCGGCAAGAAGCUGUUCUGCCAAGGCAAGAGCUGGGCAUCAUACAAGCCAUUCUAUCCAGCAAAACUGACAGUUUUGGUUUACAGAAAUCAACAAAGGAGGGAUUCCUGAACUAUCAAAAUUUCCAAGCUAUACACACAGUUAUUAUCUGUGGUGAUCUUUAUUGGUUCUGUUUGUUUACUUGGAUGGAACAUGUGUGAACUUGUAUAGAACUUUGAAAAGUCUAUAUAUGUCUAUCUAUAAACAAAAAUCAGCUAUGCUAUAAUAAGAUCAGAUGUGAAAACAAUGUCAAAGGGUUGUUAAAUUAACAAUUUGAAGGCAAUUAUGCUGAAAAAAAUAUGAAAGUUCCCAUGCAAAUUUUGUCUGUAUAUCGACAAGUGUCUGCCUAUAAUUGUCAAACUAGUAAUACAAAACUUACCACAAGUAUGUAAAAGCACUAAGUACCUGUGAUCGUUUUAGUAAGAUAGUGUAAUUCUAAACAGUAGCAAAUAGCUUGUUUAGACUAGUAAAUGCAUAAUGCAAUUAAUAUGAUUUCCGUUCUAUUGUGUAAUUAAU